GCUGCGUGAGGGUGGGUUAGUACAAGUGGUCGUGUGAACAGUACGUAAUGUGAGUGAUAGUGGUUUCAACUAUGAUGGAGGAUCCGACGCAGAUUCUUUAUACUGAACUUCCCGUUCCUUUGCUGUCGACGGCCGCGAUUCUUAGGCACAGGCAGCAGCAGCAACUUCACAAUCCAUGCAGAUACCAGCCCUAUCAGCGACUGCACCAGCCUCAACUUCAACAUCCCGUCUUGGAACUGCACAGGUUGCAGAGAGAAGUUGAGCAGCACGAGGAGCUGGACUUGCAUCCGGGCCAAACUCACAUUUCCGCGCUUUACCCCGAAAUACUAGCACUGAUCUUUUCCUACUUAGACGUUAGAGACAAGGGUAGAGUGGCCCAGGUUUGUAGCAGUUGGAGAGAUGCAUCCUACCACAAGUCCGUCUGGCGAGGAGUCGAAGCCAAGCUGCAUUUACGUCGCGCGAAUCCCUCACUGUUCGCGUCCCUAGUCAAGAGAGGGAUACGCAAGGUGCAGGUGCUGUCCUUCCGGCGGUCCCUUCGGGACGUCAUCCAGGGCAUACCGAAUCUCGAGUCCCUCAACUUGAGCGGAUGUUACAACGUUGCGGACAUCGGAAUCACGCACGCCUUCACGAGCGAAGCUCUUUCUCUUACAAAUCUCAAUCUUUCUCUCUGCAAACAGGUAACUGAUAACUCGUUGAGCCGAAUCGCCCAGUACUUAAAAAACUUGGAAGUUUUGGAGUUGGGGGGCUGCUGUAAUAUUACCAAUACCGGUUUGGUUCUCAUAGCCUGGGGAUUAAAAAGGCUUAAGAGGCUGAAUUUACGAUCGUGCUGGCAUGUUAGUGACCAAGGAAUCGGCCAUAUCAGUGGAUAUAAUCAAGAUGCCUCCGGUGGAAAUCAAAUGUUGGAGUAUCUCGGCCUGCAGGACUGCCAGAGGUUGUCGGACGAGGCACUCAAACACGUGUCGAUCGGUUUGACUUCCCUUAAAUCUAUUAAUUUAAGUUUCUGCGUUAGCAUAACGGAUAGUGGUUUGAAAUACUUAGCGAAAAUGAAUUCUUUACGCGAACUCAAUUUACGGUCUUGCGACAAUAUAUCGGAUAUAGGCAUGGCGUAUUUGACUGAAGGUGGCUCGCAAAUCACCUCGUUGGACGUUUCGUUCUGUGAAAAAAUUGGGGACCAAGCCUUAGUACACAUUUCGCAGGGACUGUUUAACCUUAGAUCGUUAUCUUUAAGUGCGUGUCAGAUUUCGGACGAGGGACUCUAUCGAAUUUCAAAAACGUUACACGAUUUAGAAACUUUAAAUAUCGGACAGUGUUACAGGGUAACCGACAAAGGCUUGACAAAUAUCGCCGAGGCCCUUUCUCGAUUACAAUGUAUAGACCUAUACGGAUGCACCAAAAUUACAACGGUCGGAAUGGAGAGAAUUAUGAAGCUGCCCGGACUGAAGGUGCUCAAUUUAGGACUUUGGCAUGUCAGGUGAAAAUGUAGAACUUGUUAUUAGAAUUUAUGGUUAGAAACGAAGCACUACCCGUAAAUACAGGUUUGCGUUUAGAUCAAAGUCAAAAAAAAGUCACAGGUGCCAUUUUUUUACAAAUUCAUAUUCCAUCACGGUCAUCUCAUGCUUGAGGGAUCACCUCAAGGUAAAGUCGCCGUUUUGAUUAUAAAAGGUCAGUUGUCUCGCAAGAACAACAUUUGUAAUCUAUAUAAUAACUCAAGGAUUAAAAUAACACAAGCGCGCCGCCGUGGUUUUCCUACCUUGCAUUUUGAGUGGAUUUUGGGCCCCACUGCCAAUUGUUAUUCCUUUCGGUUGCAUGGCAACAAUGUUCCCGCCUUUCAGUUAAUCAAUUCAACAAAAUAUGUUGUCCGCUAUGGAAAAUUAACAUGCUUUGUUUUAGUUUAUCGCGCUUCCUUAUUAAUGAAAUCCCGAAAAAAACAAUUACACGUUUAGCCUUCAGUAGUAAAAUUCUUAGGAAAACUCUUAAUUUCAUUUGUAUUGCUUUUAAACUACCUACUUAAGUUAAUUGUUAAAAUUCUUCAAAAACGAGGAAUAAACGAUCAAAAACUAAAAAUAGAAUUUCGGGCGAGAUCCCUUUUCUCAAUGUGCAACUGUUACAAUUGUAAAAAGUGACAUACACUAACCAACUGUUAUUUAAAUUAUCGCCUAAGUUUUUUAAAGGCUUCCUCGCAAGCUCCUUGUGCUAUUUAUACGAAAAUUUUUAUGUUUUCUACUUUUUUAAGCGCGUACCUUGAAAUUAAAUUUUGAAAUAGAUGUAACCAUGCGUAGUCGGAAGGUUGUUCUUUAUUUAGUUGAGGUGUUUAUCGAAAUACACGCUGAAAAAGGUGACAUGGCCGAACAACAUUAGUUUUUUUGUAGCAGUAAAAAGUACCGAAAUUUGUACAGUUUAUCCGUUUGCUUUCGUUAUUACCAAACUGGUCAGUAAAAUCGACUGGGCGUAUAUAAUUCAAGGGUUGUGUAUAUCACUAAAUUACACAGUCAUCAAAAUAGUUUUUUUUCGUCGAUUACACGGUUUAUCUUUGUACACUCAGAUUAGAUAAAAAUUUGAAGCGUUGCACGUGUAAGCUUAUGCUUAAGAUUAAGAUUCUUAGAGAAAUUUUCCAGAUGACCCUUUCAUGUAUUCAUGUAUUUCUUCAAAUUUUUGAUCAGAUUCAGUACAAAUUUAUGAUGAAAUGCUUGUAAAGUGUUAUCUGCAAAACACAAACAAGAUUACCAAUGGGUCCCAAAAGUGAAUUGUCAAAAAAAAUUGUUUGUGCCCACACUCAAAACGUGCCGGUUAAUGAAGCAAUUGGAAUUUACCUACUUAGUAAGUGUUAAUGGUGAAACUGGAACCGAACAACUUUUUAAAGUAAAAAAAAUUGAAAUCUAUGUAAAACUGUAAAAGUAGUUUGGUAUAAACGCAGCCAUUAUAUUUGAAUUUUUAAAAUUUAUUUAUCCACAUUCAUGAAUUAAUAAUCAAAAUCGAUUUCUUUUGAAAUGGUACCGUGAGAAGCCAUCACGUUGAUCUUUUGAACUUACUGUGUGGGUAGACAAUUUCAAAUGUUCAUAUUGAUAAUACGUUACCCUCCAUCACAAGUAACAGCAUCCGAUAUGAUAUUGGGUUUUUUAAAAUAUUUUUUUCGAGAUUUUUGCAAUAUUUUUCUGCUGAGCAAUGUAAAAUUAUUAAGUGGGAUUCGCACCCAUUUGGUUCUACAACUUAAAGAUUAGGGCAGAUUAGGCAUUGGGUAGGUUUAGUAGCAUUCGGUUGGUUCUAUUUUCACCUCCUUCAAAGCUACAACCAUUCUUGUUCAAAGCGUAGGAAAAGUUUUAAAUUUUUACAUACUUUCUAAAACUGGUGGUUCUAAUUGUCAAAUGCAUUAAUCCGUUGGAAAAGUAUUUUUGCCCUUGAUUUUUAAGUGGGCGGAGGUUUCAGCCAAGGCUGCUCCCCCAAGUUCCAACCCAACCCAUUAUACAUUUACAAACAUCCAUGCCCGAACCUGGAUUCGAACCAGAUACCCUUGGUACCCCAGGAGCUUCAACUCCACUGCACCACACGAGCCGGUCAUACUUAGCAUUAACUUGAAAUACUUUUACAUUUAAGUAACUUUCAUUUAAAUUAUUUUUUAUUACUUGCUCAUUUAAAAACGAAUGUGUCCCCUUGUUAUGCUUUUAAAAUUUUUGAAAUUGUUUUCGAUUUUUAAUACUUUUAAAUAGUGUACCUAAAUAGUUAAAUUGUGUUCCGGUCUGCUUCUGUUUUUAUUAUUUCCAAAGGGCAUUAAUCAAUACUGCACACAGCAUUAAUUUCCCUGCCUAAAUAAAUAGCCCUCCUCUCUACCGUCGGUCUUUUCAUAGUAAAUUUUGAAUCCGAUUAGUCAUAGGGGACUAGUAUCACUACAAAAAAAUGUUUUAAACACAUCGCCUAUGUAUCUAAAUUAUUUAUCAAAUUGUUGCAAAGUAUUAUUUCAUAUUAAAAAAGACGAGAAAAAAGAGGAUUGGAAUUACUUGUGAGGUGUUUUGUUCAUUGCAUUUGUUACCUAUCCUCCAAUAUAUUCUUUUCAUUUUUAAACACAACCCCGAAAUAUUGAAAAACACACAAGGAAAAACACGAAAAGACGUAAGUUUUAUUAACUGGAGGGGGGGGGGGUACUUUCAGUACAACGGGGCCCACCUGGGUGCCCACAUUCAAUAUGCUUGCACUGUGUACGUAUAAAGCACGUUUCCAUUUCAAUUAAAAAAUUACCAUUCUGAAAUAUGUGCGCGUGGUAAAGAGAACACUAGGUAUAUUUAAAUCGUGUACAGAAUCAAUUACUUUCAGUAAAGAUCGGUUCCUUUCGGUACAAGGAUUAAUUUUUGGAAAGAUUCCUCAACAUUUCUUAAACCCGCCACAUACUGUUUUCCAAAAUUGGAUUUAAGUAGAUAUACAUAAAGAAUGCAACAAAAUUUACAAAUGAAAAGUAGGAAUUUUGUGUUAUUUUCUAGAAAAAAGUUCCACCGAUGUAAGUAUAUCAUAGUUACUCGCAGUGACGAACAGAAGAAUCUCGAAAGUAAAGCCCAUACUAAAUCCCUUGUGCUACACACAACCAACAUAGUAAGGGCAUUUUUUUUAAUUUCUGCCGUUUCCGUUUAUAAUAUUUUUUAUACAUUUUUAUUAUAAAUUAUUACAAGGUUUUCACAUAAAUAAUGCAUUUUACUACCUCCACAGUUCUUGAAAUAAUUUUCGAGUUUCGGAUACGUUUUAGCUCGUGUUUUAGUUUUGGAAAAUCUGUAGGAUAUUUUGGAAACGUUUAAACGAGACCUCGGAAGAGACUUAGAAAUGCAAAUGUGUAAGUGGUUUUUAAAUGUUUAGGAAAUCUUUUGGUAACGUGAAUGUCUUAAAAUGUUUAGAAAUUGAUGGCAAAAUGAGAGACAUUUUUUGGAAAUAUCGAAUGAUCCAAUUACUCCAAUUUAAAAACUUUUAAAAUAUCUAGAUAAGGAAAUGUAUGGUAAGCUUUUUGGAAUAUUUUGGAAGAUUUACGCAUCAAUUGAAUAAUAAUCAAUCGACUGGUAAUUGGAAUCGAACAUUUCCAAAACACUAGACAUUCUCAAAAAAAUUGCAAAACAUUUCUCUGUGCAAAUAUCUCGGUAUA